UCGUGGAUGGAAUUUAGAAUUUCGAUUAACUAUCAAGCGUUUGUGAGAUUUAGUCUUAUGAUUCUGUUUUCUCCGUGUGGCUGUGUUUGAAAAAGACAUGUAGCUGCUUCUUUUGUGCAUUCAUCAAUUAUAUUUGUCCUUAUUAGAUGUUCACAAGUGGAACAGUGUCUUUUCUUGCUUCUUCUUCUUUUCAUCAGACAUUAUCCUUAGCCAACCUCCAGAAUUUAAUAAAUGUCUUUUGAGUUUGGACAAGAUUGUUCUUUUCUUCUUAUUUUAUCCUCUUUCAUUUCUUUUAUGUGAAUUUAAUCUGCAGGAUUUAUGAUGCUUGUUUGUACCUGAGUUUGGGACGAGGCUGAAGUACAUCUGGGGAGGGAAGUUCAACAUUCUGGUUUUAUAACAGUAAAUGCCAAACCCCAAAAUCCUAGGAUGUGUGAUUCACCAGUUUUGAGAUCUGAAUCCAAUCUUUUCCCAGAGUGUUCAUAUUCUGGGGAAUUUCUCCGUGACCGAGAAACCAAGUCAAGAGGCAGAGGCCAGAGUGAAGAGACCACGAGCAUCGAAUCAUUUCUGUACAGAUUUCAACUUGAACAGGAUGUCCAAAAAUUGCAACAGCAACUCCGAGAGGAAAUAGAGUUGCAUAAUUUUCUUGAAAAUGCCAUAGAGAAAGAUCCGUCAGAACUAUCACUUCCUAGUUGUGUUCCAAAUCAUGCUCAGGAGAUUCUUUCCAACAUUGCGACACAGGAGGCCGCAGUUGCAAAACUCGAGCAAGAAAUGGUAUCGCUGCAAUUCCAGCUAAGCCAAGAGCGGAAUGAGAGAAGACUCGCUGAAUACCAUCUGACGCACUCCUCUUCUCCCUCAAACUCUUCUACUUCCUUGAGGCGCUCAAAGCAUUCAAAUCCUGAGUUGCUUCAAUCGGCUGAAGAUAAUUCAUGCCACGAACAAAUAGUCCAGAACCCAGAAUCCACCUCUGAAUGUUCUGCAACAGAAUCUCCCGUGGAGAAAACAUCAGAAGUGACUAGCGGUUUCCUUGAGAAGAGGCUGCUGAGAAAGAUUGACACCAGACACCAAUGCCAAUCUGCAAGUUCCAGAAAGUUGCAUCGAGGAAUGCCACCUAAAGGCCUCUGGGAUCACCCCAAUCUAUUGUCUGAAGAAAUGGUGAGGUGUAUGAAGAAUAUCUUCAUCUCUCUUUCUGAUCCUACAGUUUCAUCAAAGUUAUCCACAAAUGGGAGCCAUCUCUCACCUGUAUCACCUCGAGGGCAUCUAUCCAACCACUCAUCAUCAUGGUGGCCGUCAACCGAACGGUCUAUGAUCUCAUCCUGGGUGCAAAGCCCGCAAAUCGAUGUCCGGAAUAACCCUGAUGUCUUGGCCACAGGAAAUGUCUUUGAUCCAUACAGAGUUCGGGGUAAGCUAAGUUGGGUGGAGAUCGGGAACUAUGGUUUGGCAACAGAGGUUUCUUGGAUGUCUGUUGGGAAGAAGCAGCUUGAAUAUGCUUCUGGUGCGCUGAGGAGGUUCAGAACACUGGUGGAGCAAUUGGCUAGAGUAAACCCUAACCAUUUGAGCUGCAACGAGAAGCUUGCUUUCUGGAUCAACCUCUACAAUGCAUUGAUCAUGCAUGCAUAUUUGGCAUACGGUGUCCCAAAAAGUGACUUGAAGCUCUUCUCGUUGAUGCAAAAAGCAGCGUAUACAGUUGGAGGGCAUUCAUAUACUGCAGCUACCAUCGAAUACGUGAUCCUGAAGAUGAAACAUCCUCUCCAUAGGCCACAAAUCGCUCUGCUUCUUGCCAUCCACAAGCUGAAAGUAUCAGAAGAGCAGCGGAGGGCAGCAAUUGAUGCACACGAACCUCUUCUUGCUUUUGCUUUGAGCUGCGGAAUGUAUUCCUCUCCUGCGGUGAGGAUCUACACGGCAAAAGGAGUGAAGGAAGAGCUGGUAGAGGCGCAGAGGGACUUCAUACAAGCAUCGGUAGGGCUAAGCAGUAAAGGCAAACUCUUAGUGCCCAAAAUGCUUCACAAGAACUUUGUCGAUGACUCCAACUUGGCGCUGUGGAUAUCUCGGUACCUUCCACCUCAUCAGGCGGCUUUCGUGGAGCAAUGCCUCGCUCGUAGACGUCAGAGCCUUCUAGCUUCUCGUAACUGCGGCAUCUUACCCUUUGACUCCUGCUUCCGAUACCUCUUCCUCCCCGACAACAUAUACUGAGGGAGGGAGUGUGUUCUUACUUCUUGUGAGAAAAAUGUAAAUUUUGGUUGUUUCAUAUGUAAUGAACUCAAGUGUUUUCCUUUGUGUUGUUGAUGAUCGAUGCAUAUGAUGUCAUGUUUUUUUUGCAACCAUGCAAGUUCAUGUU